AUGGACGAAUAUCGAGAAUUGAUAAGCGUCCUACCGCUGGAUACAGUGGAAUAUGCAUUUGCGUAUGGAUCAGGGGCAAUUCAACAAAAAGAUGAGAACAAGGCAGAAAAGAUGGUGGAUUUCGUUGUUGUUACAAAAGAUGCACAAGAAUUCCACAAAGCUAAUAUCGCAAAGAAUCCUCAACACUACAGUCUUCUACGCCUUCUCGGACCAAAAAUGCUUGAAAAGAUUCAAUGUAACUUUGCAGCUCGUGUUUAUUACAACACUCAUGUGAAUGUAGGAAAAAGGAAAAUUAAGUAUGGUAUCAUCUCGUAUGAAAAUGUCAAGCAAGAUCUACUGGAUUGGCGAUGGAUCUACAUCUCCGGUCGUCUUCAUAAGCCCGUUCUCGACGUUAUCAAGCCGAAAGAUGACAUGUGUGAUUUGGUUACGGAGAAUCGAAGAUCUGCGCUUCAUUCUGCACUUUUGUUACUUCCAGAGUCAUUUACUCUAAAACAACUUUUCCAUCAAAUAGUAGGACUUUCCUAUACUGGAGAUUUUCGUAUGAUUGUUGGAGAGGACAAGAACAAAAUCAUGAAAAUAGUGGAGGGUAACUAUGAAGAACUUAUGCGAGUUUACGAACCACUGAUGAAUGAUGAUGCUCGUCUUUCUGUGAUGUCACCUGCCAAAGUUAUUCAAGAUGGAUCCACGACGGCAAUUUACCACAGGCUGAAUCUGUUACCGUCAGAAGUUUUGAAUCAGAUUCAAAAAAAUAUGAACAAAGCGCAGAAGAGGCAAAGGGACGCUGAGGAGGUCAUCUUCUCCCUCGCACAUCGACAUGACGUAGCAGCAACAGUCGAGACUGCAAUUGGAGGAAUCAUCCGCCCUAUCUCAUUCUCUCAAACGGCCAAAAAUGCAUUCUCAGCUGGAAUGACGCGUUCUGUGAUUUACAGUCUCGCCAAAAUGAGCAAGUUCUUGAAAAGCAAGUAA